AUGAUCAACUUAGGUGACCAACUCAAGGUGAUUACCAAUGGCAAAUACAAGAGUGUGAUGCACCGGGUGAUAGCUCAAAUAGAUGGUACUAGGAGUACUCGUCGUGUGCUUGAGAAGACAAUGGUUGACCAACAACUCGAUGAUGAAAUGUGA